ACAUAAAUACAAGAUAUCAGCAUUCAAGACAGAGGUUCCACAAGCAGUGCUCUCAGCAGUGCUAUUUAUUUCUUCAUAGACACUGGAUGUGACAAGAUUCUCAACAUGUUGCUUUUAUGCAGAACAAUUUUUGCACUAGUGAUUCUACAUAGCACCAGCAAAAUACAUGCUUUAAAAAGUGAAUUUUUCAGUAAAGAAUGGAAUUACGAUUGGAGGCAAGGUUUAACCAUCAAACCCAUCAAGGACAAUAUGUUUCCUUACGCGAAUUGCGACAAACGCCAAGGCAGCGAAAGAACGUGUACAGUCAUUUUGGAGAGAUUCCUCGUUAACGGAACCGUCGCCAAAGAUGAAUGCCAAAUUCAUUUCAACCCGCAAGUAGGAGGUGCAGAAAGUUUACGUAUGCAGGUUGCGCGUGGAAGAAACAUUGUCUUUUCAUAUUCCGACGCCGUAAAUGAGUCAAAAAGUGUCAUUGUAUUUCGUGUUGUCGACAUGGCUACUUGUAUGUUCAAGGAUCUUAAAAUCGCAUAUGAACCAAUUAACCAGAAAAAUAGAACCAUCAUUUCAAUUCCAACUUUAGCUUACAACGACAACUCCUUCGACGCAUUCAUUAACAGCAAAGGUUGCAAGGGUGGGAGAUGUAAAGUGUCAUUUAACUCAAAGGCUAAAGAAAUUAGAAAUUCCGUAGCUUAUUUCCCCGCAAACAUGUCAACGAAUCGUGUAGAGAUGUUUGCUCUCACUCAAAAGCAUUCGCCAUACAACUUUUUCGCCUUGGUUUCCAGUUUUCCUUUCGUGGGAGUGAAAAACUCUUCAAAAGAAUUUCCCGAAGAUCUUCACAACUCUGAUGUUGAUCUUCAAUUGGUAUAUGCUUCUGCAAGUGGCAAAACUGAAGACCUCGUCAAUUUUAGAGACGAAGGCAAAUUUGUGGGCAUCGAUGCUUCUCACAAAUUUUUGAGUGUUUGCUUCAAUACAGCAGGUAAUACGUUAAAACUGCAUUGCUUACAAUACGAAGGGAAUAAAAACGAAAAGAUGAAUGUUAUGUUGAAUUUGGAAGAUCGAGAGAAGGUAGUAGAGAUACAUAAUACUGCAGGAGGUGGAUUUUUGUUGUUGACGACGCAUUGUGAUGAUGUGAUAUGCCAUAAGCGAGAUCAUUAUUACCUUAAACAAGUGCAAAUGAACGGACUAGUCGAUAAAUCGUUUGAUAUAGAAGGUAUGAUGUGCGAUUUUGAAAGAGGUGAAAUUUACGAAAAAAUUUUUGAAAUGGACGAUAAUUUGUGUGUGGCCAAGGCAUGUUAUGAGUACGGUGAUAAGGUGAAGCUGGUUCACAAAUGUUUCAAAGGAAAAGAUGUAUAUUAAAAAUUUAUGAAACUAUGAAUUAUGAAGUAUUUAAUAAACCUUUAAUAAACUUC